AUGCUCAUUGGUGCUUCGAAGUUUUUUGAUUUGCUCAAGUCAGGUCACCUCCGACUAGCAGAUGGUUUGCCAGAACUCCAUGAGACCCAUUUCGGAUGGGUUGUUGCGGGUGAGAUAGACGAUCGUGUUGUCAAUACGGUGCAACAAGUGCAUUCCGCCACUGUGGAUUCUUUGAAUGAUACCGUGAAGAAGUUCUGGGAACUGGAAGAGAUUGCUGAUACCCUGAGCCUAGGAACCGAGCAGGACGAGUGUGAGGACACCUUCCGAAGGACCCACCAUCGGACACCAUCUGGACGAUAUGUUGUGCAAUUACCCUUUCGAGAAGAUGUCGACAAGCUUUGUGACAACCGAGAGAUGGCUCUCCGUCGUUUCCUUGCGUUGGAAAGACGACUCGUGAAGGAUCCUACCCUGAAGGAGCAGUACGUUCGAUUCAUCCAAGAGUAUGAGGAGUUGGGCCAUUGCAGAGAUGUGGAUGAAGCCCGCGAUCAUCCAUCGCAUGGACGCUACUAUUUACCCCACCACGCCGUGUUGAGACCAUCUAGCUCCACAACCAAGCUACGAGUGGUUUUUGACGCCUCGGCGCGGCCAUACCAAGGCGCAAGGUCGCUAAAUGACGUUCUGCAAGUCGGUGGCAACGUGCAAAAUGAUUUGUUCAGCAUCCUACUUCGAUUCCGCAGACAUGCCGUAGCCUUCACUGCCGACAUCACGAAGAUGUAUCGGCAAGUGCUGGUUGAUCCAUCGCAGACUUGUUACCAAAGGAUUUUCUGGAGAGACAGCCCAGAUAAACCACUGAGAGUACUGGAGUUACAGACCGUAACGUACGGGACUGCCGCUGCACCUUUUCUAGCCACCAGGUGUUUGAGCCAGUUGUGCGAGGACGAAGGAGGCAGGUUCCCAAUGGCAGCGAAAAUAGUGCGAAAGGACUGUUACGUCGAUGACGUCCUUUCAGGAGCCGAGAGCGUAGAAGAAGCAGUUGAUGCCCAGCAGCAGUUACAACAGCUGUUGCGAUGUGGUGGAUUCCCGAUACAUAAAUGGAGUUCGAAUUGUCCAGCGAUGCUUACCAAUGUUCCCGAGACAGACCGAGAGAAACUGAUACGCUUGGAUCAAGAGUCGACCCGAGAAGUAGUCAAGACCCUGGGACUGACUUGGAGCCCCAAAGCCGAUGAUUUUGUGUUCGUUACCAGUAGUUGUGCCAAGGUUCCAAGUAAGUACACAAAGCGGAUGGUAUUUUCUGAGAUUGGUAGACUGUUCGAUCCGCUGGGCUUGGCAUCACCCGUUGUCGUUAUUGCUAAGAUGCUAAUGCAAGAGAUUUGGAAGUCUGGUCUACCAUGGGAUGCCGAGCUUGAUGGAGAACUACUUCAGUGGUGGCUGACUUUCCGUGACGCUUUACCAGGAGUUUGCGAGUUGAGCAUACCCCGCCGUGUGAUUUCCCAACAAGCCGUUGCCCUGGAAAUACACGGAUUUUCAGAUGCGUCGAUUCGAGCGUACGGAGCCGUAUUGUAUGUGAGAAGCAUUCUACCAGAUGGAACUGCACAGCUAGCCCUGUUGUGUAGUAAGUCGAAGGUGUCGCCUAUCGCUGAGGUGAGCAUUCCACGUAAGGAAUUGCUGGCUGCCCGUUUGCUGUCUCGACUUGUGGUAAAGGUUAUUGAUUCUCUAGAGCUGGAUAUUUCCAAUGUGACUCUCUGGUCCGAUAGUCAAAUUGUACUCGCAUGGCUCAGAAAACCCUUGGCUUCACUGCAGAUCUUCGUUCGAAAUAGAGUAUCAGAAAUUAACAAGGAGACUAGUGGCUACACAUGGAAGUAUAUCCCCACCAAGGAGAACCCUGCGGACAUAAUAUCAAGAGGCAUGCUUCCUAAUGCUUUGAAGUCAAGCGAGUUGUGGAGGAAUGGCCCAGGGUUCCUAUGGGAUUCUGAUUACACCUAA